AUGGUCGCCCCCAUACCCCACGAGAUGGAGAAGCCCCCGACGCUCUCGACAUACGACGGCACCUCUGACCCAGACGAUCACCUGGAAGACAUUGAGGCCAUGCUCGACUACCGAAAUGUUCGAGGGGGUAUCAAAUGUAGGUUAUUCCCGACGACCCUGAGGAAAGGCGCCAUGACAUGGUACAAAAGUCUAGAGCCCGAAUCGAUUACGUCGUGGAGGGUUCUGAAGGACCUGUUUUUAAAACACUUCACAGCAUCCCGACGCCAUCCGAAGACGGAAGCCGCACUCGGCGUGAUAAUCCAAGCUCCCGACGAGCCUCUCCGAAAGUACAUCGAAAGAUUCACACGGGAGGCAGUGCAGGUAACGACGUCAGACGAGAUGAAGCGUUACCUAAUGGAGCAGGGUCUGCACUGA